GGAAAAAAAGAGUAAGUUCGCUUUCUGAGUUAACAACAACUACGUAGGUUAUGUAUGGAGCUCUGAACUUCAGCACCAAACUUCAGGUUUUCAAUGGAAAUUAAAGUGAAAAAAUAUAACAAAAACCUUAAAUCCGUAUCCUCAAGGAGUUCGGUGUCAAAAAUGUUUGGAGUUCGGCCAUUGGACAUAUGAAUGUAAAAACAAGAGAAAGUAUGUACAUCGUACAUCUCGGACUUCUCAGCUAAACAAAAGGAUGAAAAUGAAAGAAGAACAAGCCCAGAUGGAGGCACUGGGCAUCAAACCAACUGCAGCCAACAAAAAGAAGAAAUCUGAAGGAGAGAGUGAUUCAGACAGUGAUUCCGACUCGAGUGACUCAAGCAGCAGCAGCUCUAGCAGUUCCAGUUCCUCAAGUAGCAGCAGCAGCAGCAGCAGUGACAGCAGCAGCAGUAGUGACAGCAGCAGCAGUGAUUCGGAAGGAGAUUCAAAAGGAAAAUCAAAAAAGAAGGAGAAAUCAAAACACAAGAAGCAAUCUACUAAAGAUUCAGGUUUGCAACAGCAAGCUAGAAGUGAAAGGGAAAAAAAGAAAGAAAAGGAACACUCUCUGGGCGAAGAAGAGACAUUUGAUAAAAGUAUCAAGAGAGCUUCGGCUCAUAGGAGAAUGGAAACAAGAGAUGAAGGGGAAAAGGAAGGUGUUAAACAGCGGGACAAGAACGGCAAACCGCAAUCUCCUCACAGGAAAUCAGACAUAAAGGAAGACAAGUAUGCCCAACCACAAUCAAGAGGAAGACAAAAUGGACAACAUGACAGAGAUAACACAAGUCAAUCACCCUCUCCAUAUAAGAAAAUGCAGAUUGAUAAAGAAGGAAGACAUUCUCAACAUCAAGGAGAGGACAGACAAGAUUCUCAUGGCAAAUACAGCAGAAGCAGAUCAUCACCUCUACGUGAGAAAUGGCACACAAGGCAGGAAAAUAACUCCCAACUUCAGUUGAGAGAAAGACAAACUGAUCGUUACGAAAAGAAAAAUAGAAGCCGAUCACCAAAAAGAGAACGUGAUGGUAGAGAUGAAAAUGAUUACUUAAAUAAAUCUCAUGAUAAAUCUGAUAAAAAGUUUUCGAAAAGGGAAAAGGACAGACAGAGACCUGCUCAAUCCCCUGAGAAGAAAGGCAACAAAGUAUUUCAGAAACAAAGAGAGGCUUCACCUGACCCAUAUGAUGAAAUGGACCUGGCUCCUAAUACUUCACGUGAAUCAGAUCAAAUAAAGCAUCGUGAGAGAGAAAGUCGAACUGACUACAGGUCAAGGAAAGAGAGGGAUACCAACAAACCUAACCAGAGGAAAAAAGAAAGUGAUAGACACGAAUCGAGAUAUCAAUCCCCAACACGCCAUCAGAAACGGAGACCUCCUUCCAUUUCUCCUUCUCCUGAAUACAAAAGUAAAAGCAGGCGAUAAAGAUUGUAUAAAUAAUGAACUUUUCCCCCUCAAAUUCCAAAAUUUCUGUUAAAUUUUUGUAAACUGUGAAUAAAAAUUCUAAUUAAUUAAAAGGU